UAUAAUUUUUUUAUUGCUCAUUGUUAUUUAAACGAAUAAUCAUCGCCGUUUGUGAAGUGCGUCCGUCGUCUUCUUUGGUUUUUCUUGUGUGCUGUGGAGAAAAUAUUAAAGAAAAUAGAAGCGAAAAAAAAACUAUUUGGAAUUUAUUAAAAACGCAAAAAACUUAUAAUUUAUUUUAUUACUAGAAUUUUACGCUAAAUUAAAGCAGAAAACAAAUUAAAGAAAAUUUUACGUCCUCUUAAAACUGUGAAAUUUUGCUGUAGUAAAGCAAAUAGAAAUAAAGUGAAAAUAUAUACUGCGAAUUAAAUUUUGUUGGUCAAAAUGUUUCAUAAUAAAUUAAUUACUUUGGCCAUAUUAUCAACGGCCUGCUUGCUAACAGCCGCUCAAAUGAGUGUUAAUUUAAGUGGAGCUGUGCCACCCUCAACAGUUGUACCUAUUUUGCCCAUUAAGGAGGAUACUACAUUACCACCCAACACACCUGCACCCACUACAACAGCUAGCACUACAACCACCACCACCACUACCACUACUACUACGGCUGCUCCUACCACCACAACUACUACGACAACAGCAAAACCCACGACAACAACUGUAGCACCCACAACCACUACAGCUGCUCCCAUAACGACCACAACACCAGCACCCAAACCUUAUCCAGAACCAGAAAUUGGAACCUGGAACUCCAGUUGUGUAAUGGUACGAAUGGCAGCUCAAUUGAAUUUCACUUACGAUACCAAAGAUAACAAAACAGCCUUUGCUUUGUACAACAUCCCCAAGGAUUCCAAAGUUGAAGAUAUGAGCUGUGACAUGAAUUCGACACAAUUUUUACAGGUCAAUUGGGGACCAAUCACUGCUCAACACACUAUGGUUUUACAAUUCGAUCGUGUUAAUGGCACCACCAACAUGACCAUGAUGAUGUUUACUUUACCCUUAAUGAGUGAUCAUUUUCCAAAUGCUAAAGAAAAUCAAACCAUACAAUUGAUCUACCGUGGUGGUAUUUUCACAGCCCCCACUAAAAUGUCGUACCACUGUACUCGUCCUCAGGUCUUCAAUUUAACCGAAACCGUUAUGAACAAAGAAGUAUUGGGCACCGUUAAGGUUCACGAUGUUCAAACUGAAGCUUUCCGUUCCGCUAAUGCUACUGGCUUUUCGACUGCACGCGACUGCGACAGUUCGGAAACUCCCGAUGUGGUGCCCAUUGCUGUAGGCAUUGCUUUGGUAGCAUUAAUUAUCAUAGUAUUGGUAUCUUAUCUGUGUGCUCGCCAUCGUUCCACUUCUCGUGGCUACAUGAGCUUCUAAAUACGCUGAGUAGAGUGGAGAGAGAGAGUGCGCAAAAACCUCGCUCUAAAAUAUUUUAAAUUUUAUUACACAUUUUGAAAUUCAAUUAGUAAACUGUUUUAGUUACAAAAUGAGAGGUUUUCUUUAAAUGUUUCUUUUAUUUGGAAAUUUAAUUUUUUAACAAAAUAUUACCACAAAGACUAAAUAAUUGGCUUUUACUAAAAGCUUAAAAGGGGAUGAAUGAUUAUAUACAAAGAAACCAAGUUUUUAAAUUUAAACAUUUUAAAAUUGUAUAAAGAAAAGGCAGCCCUUUAAAAUAAUUGAAACUUAAGGCUGUCUUAAGUAUUUUAUGUAACAACAACAAAAUAAAAUAAUUUGGAACGAGGGUAUUUUCUUUUUAAACAUAAACGAACAUUUUUUAAAUAAAACAUGAAAUUGUUUCAAAUGUUCUUUUAUUAUUUAAAACGUUUGGCUAAAAACAAUUCUCUGUAAAAUACGUUUUUAAAAUUUUCUUUUAACUUUAUAGUUUUUUUUUAUAUAUAAAUAUCUAAUGAAAUAUUUUAUUUUUUGCUUUUUUUCUCUCUUAAACUUCUGCUUCUUUCUUUAGUAUUAAUUAUGAUUAUAAUUUUCAACAUUUUAUUAAUUUUAUAAAAGAAAUAUAAAUAAUUUUUUUUUU